ACCGAGCGUCCGUGUCCGAGAGCCGCUCGCUCCGCGUCGCCGCGUCAAACAAACUUACAAACUCACUUUCCGCCGCCGGAAACCUGUUUCGUUAACAAAAACCUCCUAUUACAGCAUAACCACCACACUAUACUCACUCCCGACUCUAUUAAUAAAUUCCAACGCACUUUUAAGUGAACUUUGAGGCUUUUACGUGCAGCAAGUUUGAAAAACUUUAUAAAAGUUUGUUUUUAAGCUGACGAUUUGCUGCGGUGUGCAUGUGUAAGCUGUAAAUUCAUGGCUGGACGUAGUUCUCACUAAACCGGUGACGCGUCCACUUUCAAGUUCGGGGACAGUUUAUGAUGGUGGUGCUGCAUUAAUCCUCCUAAAUGUUUAGGAGAGGAUACAAGACCCGUUACUUCCGCGUGGUGCUAAAGGCCAGGACCUGGAAGCGUGUGCCGAUGAAGCUGCUAAAGUGGGGAAGGAAGAUGCCAUCCACCAAGCAGUACAAUCUGGUACCGAACGAUGAGUACGACACGCGGAUCCCGCUGCAUCCCGACGAGGCGUUCACCUACGGGAUCACCUUCCAAGCCAAGUACAUCGGAACUAUGGACGUGCCUCGCCCUACCAGCCGCGUGGAGAUUGUCGCUGCGAUGCGUCGCGUUCGUUACGAGUUCAAGGCGAGGGGCGUGAAGAAGCGCAAGGUGACUGUGGACGUGUCUACUGAUGGAGUACGAGUCACCACCAGGACCAACAUCACGACUCGCAAGACCAAGAAGAGUUCGAGCAAGCUCUUCGGUCGCGGCAGCAAGUCCAGCGUGACGACCGAGACGGCCGAGAUAAUGCAUCAUCCGAUCUACCGCAUCUUCUACGUGUCGCACGACAGCUCCGAUCUCAAAAUCUUCUCGUACAUCGCGCGAGAUGGCGCCACUAACGUUUUUAAGUGCAACGUCUUCAAGAGUAAUCGCAAGAGUCAAGCUAUGAGGAUUGUGCGCACCGUGGGCCAAGCCUUCGAGGUGUGCCACAAGAUGCAGAUCAACUCGCCUGAGCAACCCGCUCCAUCGACGUCCUCAGCUCCUGAUGAACCAGUCGCCGGCGGGAGUGACAUGGCCGCCUCUAAAGAAGCGGCUUCGGAGUGCGGUGCGUCUGAUGCUGCGGCCUCGACCACGAAGGUGGUGAUUGAAGAGGGAGCAGUGGGAGGACGUGAGGAACGACCCAAGCAUUUGGAUCUGCUGCCGCCGCCUCCUAGGAAGGAAGGGAAACGAUCUGUUCAGCGCUCAGCCCCAGCUCCAACCAUCAACCUACCGGACCUACCCGAGUGCGUCACCAAAGUGGAUGUAGCAACAACCGGGGAAGAAGUCGGCGACACAGCAACACCGCUGAGCGCGCAACAUCAACUGCAACUGUUGCGAGAACGUCUCGAGCAACAAGCGCAACAGACUCGCGCGGCUGUUGCACAACUUCUGUUGCUGAGGGAUCAACUUGCUGCCGAGCAGGCCGCGCGUUGUGAAGCUCAGGCCCGCACUCACCAGCUCUUGGUGCAUAACAAAGAACUCCUUGAGCACAUUGCAGCCCUGGUCGCGCACUUGCAAGAACGCGAGAGGGGGUCGUCUCGACCAAUCAGCGCUCAGCAAUUGACACUCUUGCCCCAGAUUCAGAAAAAAAUAGACAUGACGAUAAAUGAAGCCUUCAAGCCCGAUGCUGCAAUGUGCAACGGCAACCGCUCUCCCACCAACACUGAGGCUCUAAUUAACCUGAUCCAGAACACUAGAGUCAAUCAAAACAUGGAAAAUAAUAAUAUCAACUUCUCUCCAUUCUGCGUGUCACCAGUCCAAGAGACGGCCAACGGUGCAAACUCAGCACCAUGCUUCGGUGGAAUGACCAACGAGCAGAUUCAAAAUUACUUGAUAUCAAAAUUCCAAAAUAUGGGAGGUUUCCCGAAUGGCAACGAAGCGAGCAAGCCUGCACCCACUAUUAACUACAACCAGCAGUUCUUUCAAAACAGCAACGCGUUCCCGACCAUCCCGCCGCUAACUAACCACUACAGCAACUCUGACAUUGCGAGCUUGCUGAACCACCAGAUGUACAAGGAUAUCUGCAGUUCGAAUGACGAGCUCGGGAACAUCGCGCAGGCCAUGAGCGUGGGCCAGUCAGAGAACUCUCUGUACAGCAAUAGUCAGCCGACGACUUCGAAGGAUUCCAGUCCGGAAGGCUCCAGCUCGGAUGAGGGAGCUCCGUUCAUAAUGCCGCUGUCUCACAACUGCACGCUGACGGCGACUGGUGAGGACGGUCGCGUUCGGCUCAUCGUGCCGGUGAGCCCUUCGGAGAGCGUGUCGGACGUGGUGGAGUCGCAGGCUGAGGCUCAGGGCGCGUCGGGCCAGACGCUGCGCGUGCCCGGGCAGGAGCGGCCGAGCACGCUGCUCGCGCCCGCGGCCCCCAUCACGCGCACCACGAGCGAGAAGGUGCCCAACCGGAGCGAGAUGAUGACGGCGCUGCGCUCGCAGUGGACCCGCCACACCACCAAGUGAACUCGCACUGAAUCCACGCUAUGAUCUGAGUCAAGUUACCUAAAACCUUAUUUAUAUUUAGACGUAUCUUCUACAAAUAUAAUAUCUAAUUUUCGUCAUUUUUGUACAAAGAGUGUAGGUAUAUUUUAUAGUUACGUAUACCAUUGUUUUGUAUUUAUUUGUGGGUUGAUAGUAUACUCGCUUGAAGAUUGAGAUUUACGAUGGUGCCAAACUUGUGCCACAUGAACGUAAGAGGCGGUUAAAGGAAAGGUGUUAUUAGAUAGAGGUUUGUUUAAUUUACAUAUCAUGUUCUCUUAAAACCAAACGUCUUAUUUUUAUAGUAAAACCAAUAUCUAUCAGAACAUAUCCUUUAUCAUAUCGCUAUUAAAAUUGGUUUUAUGUUUAUGGACCAUAUUGUUAUAGUAGGUAUACAGUGCAAGUUAUAUGCCGAUAUUUAUGCUCUUGAUGAUCCAUAAAAAUCUUAUAGUGUAUUAUCGCAAGGUUAUGCUUUUCUACGAUUUAUGUAGCCCUUGCGGUAAGCCUAUUUAAAGGCACUACUCAUAUAAGAUAUGACUACUUAUUGUAAUGUACCAACCGCUUCGUAGCUGUGCAGAUUACAAGUUUACAUAUAUACACACUAGUCGCUGGAUGUUUAACGGUUGUAAACUUUACUGCAACUACAUAUAUACCCAAAUUAUUAGUGUCACGUUUGACUUGCAAUUGUAAAAUCGGUGUCAUGAUAUUUGUCGUAACAUAGAAUCGAUAUAUUAUGCAUGAUUAGUUUCAAUAUCAUAUUCAGCAAAUUCAAUGUAACCGUUAUAACGUAAGUUUUAAUUAACAAUACAAUAUUAAUUAUACGUGUUAAUGAAAUAGAUGGAUAUUAUUAGAGGAAUUAUUAUUGUAAGUACGAUUUCAAGCUUACUUCUAAAAUAAAAGACAGUCCGAAUUUCAUAUCAAACUUGUUUCGAUCUAUGAAUAUUUUCAAUGGAUGCCAAAGUAGAGGUGUAUUGUUUAAAAAAACUUUAUACUUUAGUAUAAAGCGCAUGAGCCAAAAACAUGCCAAAUUAGUAAGUAUAAAAUUCGAAAUAUUGGAGCGAAGGAAUAAAAGUAACAUUUUAUAAUGCCAAAUGUAUGCAAAUAUGGACCAAAAGCUUUUUGUGCCAUGUUUAUUCAAGAUUUCUUUUAAUUUUACAUGGUAGAAGACGCCAUGUUAACAUAGUGAUGUGGCCCAACGUUAGAUAAAUGAAUCGAUGUCUCCAUUGAUCGAAAGAUCCGUCAAAGAUGGAUUGAAUUCCACGAGGCGUUUGCUGGCCAAUGCCUUCACUAGAAUAAGAAUCUUAUCGAUGAAAAACUUCUAGUCAAUAACCAGAUUAUUUUUAUUAAUAAUUCAAUGAUCUAGUCAAUAACAUAUGUAAAUGUAUUAUAAUAAUUGGACAUGGUGUAUGAAAUUUGUAAAACGGCGUGGACGUAUGACGUGCCAUGUUCAACGAAAAACAAUGCGCCGUUUAUGUAAAAAUAUUAUUAUAAGAAUUUUAAGAGCAGAAUGCUGUAAUCGAAAUUAUCAUUAUAACUGUAAAAGGAACAUUGACAUUGGCAUAAUGAUUUAUAUGAUGUGUUAUUUAAGGGUGACGCAGGGCUUAGAACAGACCUAGCACGGACGUACAUAAAUUAUUUGUAUAUUAGGACAUUUUCACAAAAUUUACAUGGAUGAUACUUUUUAAAUUUUUAAAAAAUCACGGUGUCCACACGAUUACAUUAGUAUUGAGUACGUUUGUGCUACAGCCAUAGAAGGGUUUGUUGGAGUUAUUAUAGAAACACAUUUAUGAGGUAAAUUGGCCCUUGGCAUCUUGCCCCGCGGGUGUGUCUGACGUGCGCUUUACCUAAUCCUCUGUCUAACGUAACUGCCACCCUUUGGCUUUACACUUUGUGAAUCUAUUAUUAUAUCCAACUUCUCCUAAUACAAUAAUCCUUAAACAAAAUUCUGAAUAUGAGCUUACCUACUCUGGUAUGAUUACGAAAUUUAAUCAAUUUAUCCGUGUUUAUAGAAAUUAUGGCAUAUAAUCAAUAAUUUUAAGGGUUAUAAAAAUAGUCAUUUUUCUCCGUAUACACUGGAAAGAAAAAAAAAAAAAGAAAAAAAAAAGAAAUAGAUAUGUGUUUAUAGUUAGUUACACAGCGUUUAAUGAAAUAAGUUAGCAACGAUGUCAAUGUUUCAAGCAAACACUAUUAAAUGUUCAAUGUUUAGUCUGAUUACCACUCCGUAGAAAAUAGCCGACAUGUUUAUGCAUACUCGUAUGGUUUAGAAACUGUUUUCAGCGUAUUAUAACCUUGUACAACAGCAAUUAUAGAAACCAUUGAACGUAAAUAAAUGUGAACCGUAUCAUCUUAUCAUUCCGUAUCAUUAAAUAGCACCUGCUUAUAAGAACA